AUGGAGAAUUGUGUUCGCACUACCUGUAAUGGAGCACCAAAUCAGCAGCAGCUUUUACCUGUGGAACUUUGGGACCAUGUUGAAAAUUGUUUGUUCUUUUCUCAGGCAGUGCAGCUCUUGCUGUGUGAUCUCUUGCUCAUUACCAGAACCAGUAUGUGGCAGCAACAGAUCAACAUGAGUCAGCCUGUGAACUCCAUGCACCAGGCAUCCCCACUGGAGCUGAGAGGCUUUCAACAGGACCUUAGCAGCCUCAGGAAGCUGUCUCAAACAUUCAGACCAGCCUUCCGUAGAGUGUUUCUACAUGAAGCAACAGCCAGGUUAAUGGCAGGAGCCAGUCCAACCCGUACCCACCAGCUACUGGACCGCAGUCUUAGGAGGCGGGUCACAACCCCAGUACUCAAAGCUGGUGAGUCUGACACCCACCCAGGUCGACGGGAACAAGCUGAAGCUCUCCUGUUAGCAUGUCGCUACCUGCCCCCAAGUUUCCUGUCUGCUCCAGACCAGCGUGUGGGUAUGCUGGCAGAAGCAGCUCGCACUUUGGAAAAGAUUGGUGAUAAACGGACUCUCCAUGAUUGCCAGCAAAUGAUCAUGAAACUGGGUAGUGGCACUACAGUCACCACAAGUUGAAAUGUUUCUUUUGUUUUUGGUAUAAGAACAUACCCCACACCCACAAUCAUUGUGACUGUACAUAGUGUACACGUACCCCCCCCCAAAUGAAGCAGCACAGUUCUUUUAUUAAAAUAAUGACUUGGUCAAAUAAAAAUCGUAUUUUCAUAGUUUAAAACUGUACAUAUAAAAAUAUUUAUAAUUUUUUAAGAUAAGUUGGAAUGCAGCAAAUUCAUUUUUGUAGAAUUAAAAGCACUUGUUUCUCUAGAAGCUUAGCUUCCCUUAUAAUACUGCACCAAUGAUAAAGCCAAUCUGGGCUUUUUUGUGCAAUAUACUUUUAUAUGAUUAAAAUAACACAAAUGGAAGUAUCAUGAUAAAAUAUAACUUUUUUUACUCUGAAGUAUUUGCAUGAAUUUUCAAUUAAUUUUUUUCAAAUCUUCAAUUAUUUUUCGGUGUUCUGGAUUUUGGAGAGGUUGGGUACAUGCAAGCACAAUGCUCACUUUAGUUCCGAUCAGUUACCUGCACCUGUGUUUGAAUGCGCACAUGGAUUUGAACAGAGGACUUGGGGAAUGCCAAACUGAUGAAACUGCAGCGCUCUGGAUGAGGCAUUAAAUUGAGGUCCUGUUCAGAGUUAUGAAGGAGAGGACAUUAAACUCCUGUGUGCAACAUUGUGGACAACAUGUGGUGGUUUCCUGAAUUGGGUUGUACUCGUGUGUGAGAGAAUAUGUAGAAUUUGAAGGAGAGUGACAUGGUGGCUCAGUGGUUAGCACUGCUGCCUCUCAGCACUAGGAACCUGGGUUCAAUUCCACCCUCUGGGUUUCUUUGAGGUCCUCUGAUUUCUUCCCAGAAUCCAGAGAUGUGCAUGUUACGUGGAUUGGCCAUGCUAAAUUGCCCACUGUGUCCGGGGAUGUGCAGGCUAGGUAGAUUAGUCAUGGGAAAUGCAGGGAUAUGGUAAGGAUGUGGGUCUGGGUGGGAUGCUAUUCAGAUGGUGGGUGUGGACUCGAUCAGUUGAAUGGCCUACGUCCACACUGUAAGCAUUCUACAAUUUUAUGAAGCUUGUGGGCCAGUACAAAGUUUUGUUUACCUUUUUCUCAUUAAUUAAAAUCACAGUUGUAACAGUUACAUCAUUAACAUGGUCUAGAGGAAAGACUCUUGUGCAAUUGGCCAAUGACCAAUCAUUUUAAAAACACCAUUUUAUUCAGUGUGGGUUUGAGAGUAUAUUACACACUACGAUUUACUCUCAAUUACUUGUCUAGCCGCCUUUUAUCUCAGUUUUCUAUAAUUACAUCCAUAUCUAUAUUAGCAAUUCUGUUCAAUGCUUUGAAAAGGUAGAUCGUAGUCAUUUAACAAGAAGCCAUUUGGGUCAUGGGUCCAUGUCAGCUCUACUUACUGCAGUCUAGUUAGCUACAGUUUCUGCUUUGGUCCCACAGCCCUACAGACUUAUUUCCUUCAUCUAAUUCCUUUUGAAAUCAUUGGUAAUUUCCUGUUCCACUGUCAUUGGUAGCAAGCCUCAAGUCAUAAUCAGUCACUAUGUUUAAAAACAAAAGUUCUUUCUCAUCUGCAUCGCUUGCCCAAGGCCUUAACACUCUGAUCAUACGAGAAUUAGGAAACAGCAAAUGGGUAGCUUUCUUUGUCUAGUUUAACCAUCUUUCAAUAAUUCCUCUCUCCCCUGAAACAGGCAUCACUUUUCUUCAUUGCACAAUAACCAAUCCCUACAACAGUCUUUACACUUCUCUUAAGCUCAUUUCUACAACCUCCUAACUUUUUUGUAUACAUCCUUUUAAGGAGCUGUGACAGGGGAGAGUUAGUGCUGGUCUAAGUGACUUCAAAAGUGACUAGCAGUAUAUGUUUAAAAGCACAGGAUUGAGUUGCUGUUUUUAUGUUUUAAUUUUUAGUCCGGAAACUUCUAUGCUAUUUGCACACUUCUGUUUGCGAUGGGGCAACGUUAGAAUCAAGAAAUGUGCUGCUGUUCACAAAAUGCUAAUAUUGUAGCACAGAAUUGGCUGUUUCUGGUUGAUGCUAAAUUAUUUUAUAGGGUAGUGUUUGCUUAUUGAUUUUUGGAACUCAUGUUAGACUUCUCUCCUCUCCCAGCAGUGCUGGAAUAUGGUUCCAUUGGUUUCAGAAGCAGUCCCUCAAAUGUCUACUUUUAAUUUUUGUGCCUGGCUAUAGAGUAAUGGCAGCCUUGUUGAUCCGAAAAUAAGCUCGUCGAAUUGUGUUCUCAACUGCAACCAAGACCCAUUUAUACUCAUUCUCAGGAGAUGGUCAAGGAAAUGGAAUGCAGAUAAAGAAAAAGGGGACAUAGGGAAGUCAUUCAAGCUUGUUCCAACAUUCAGUUGGAUCAUGACCCGUCUAUACAUUAACUUAUUUCAUAUUCAUUGAUACCUUUUCUUAACGAAAAUCUGUAAGUCUUAGUUGCAAAUACUUUAAUUGACAGCCACAACCUUUUUCGAGGAGGAAAUUUGAAAUUUCCUAGAAGUCUAAACAAUGUAUCAUGUAAUUUCGCCACAUUAAAUAUGGCAAGCCAAAAUGUACAAGUAAAAAAUAAUUACAAAGAUCUGCUCAAUUAUGCAAAUAA